AUGCAGAUUGAUCUCCAUGGUGACAUCUCAGGCUUUCUAUCGACUCAUCCACAAGCCCCUUUGGUAACCCUCCACCACUUCGACGCCAUAGAUCCAAUCUUCCCAUCCAUGGACCACCCUCAGGCCAUUCGACACCUCAUGAAAGCAGCAGAAGUCGACCAAUCUCGUCUCUCACAACAGACUAUCUGCUAUCACAGGCAGCGCAACUGGUCUCUCUCGGUUUCCUGGGGAUACUCUGCUUACAUAUACGAGAACAUCAUCCCUCGAAGCACUUUGAUCAAGCCCCUCGAGACGUUCAAGGCAUGGGUUAGGAACACUAAGUACCCGGCUUUCAUGUUCAACACGAGGUGGCUGAAUGGCAAUGCUUGCAUGUUGAGGAUAUUAAUUACUUAG